CACUGGUAGUCAAGCCAAAGAUGGCACAGAGACAAGUAUGGCUCAGUCAGGUGCCAGUGAUUCAGUUAAAAGAGAGGAAAGUCCAAAGAGGCAAACAAUCAACGUAGAAGAGAGCUUCGUGGAGCAUCUCAUGAGCCUGAACGAGAACUACAGGCAGGAGCUGGAGGCCACAAAGAAAGAACUCCGCCUGGAGAGAGAGAGGAACAAACUGAUUGAGAAAGAUCUGAAACACUACCGGGCCGAAUACAACAAUUUCAAACUCAGCUGGACCAUGGACCAGGCUGAGAUCAACGACCUCAAGGCUCGAGUGCAGACAUUGGAUACUUACCAGAGGCAGAUGAAGCGGAUGAACGAUACAAUUACUCGCCUUGAGAGAGAAAAUAACAAAUUGAAGGCUCUCAGCUCUUUAGCUGAUAGACAGAUGCGUGUAAACGAGGAGACGAAAGCAGCAAUGACCCCGAGGGCCCCCUCUCCUCCAGUUGAAAGGCACACACGAAGACGGCCUUACACAGGCAAAACUAGAGAUGCGCACACGACAGCUCUGCCGCCAAUCACCGACAACAACAAGGUUGUCAUGUCUUCCAAGGAAACAAUUACCUCGGAGAAAGAGGGUGGUAACUCUCCAACACGUCUGCCGUCCCUGGGGAGCAUCUGCCCCACUCCACCAUCUCGACCUCCAAGCAGACAACGCAGCAGGACUCCACUCUAUUUCCCGCCAAUCCGUGGAACAUCGUCUGUGAGCAGUAUCCCAUUUGAUCACCAGCCAAAACAGGAGAGUGGGUGGAACUCCAGAGCCUCUGAGAACAGCAAAAUCAGACGUGAAUAAAGAGAAUGGAUGGACAGGGUGUGGCGUGAAUAUGGAAAAUUAUCUUGACCUGACAUUGGCAGAGAAAACUAACAUGGGCAAAAAGGAUGGACGUGAGGGAUGAGUGGAUGAAGAUAUAAAAACUAUAUUUCUCCUCCAAUUGAUAUUCAUUCAUGUCCCAACCCG